AUGAGUCUUGCUGCACCGGUCAGCGACCAUCCCCCACAAACCUACGAUCCUGAGGAGAUAGAGAUGCUCAAGCGAGCAAUUGAGCUCUCUCUCCAGAAGAGUCCAGACACACAAGUCAAACGGACAUCAGCAAAGGAUAUAUACUACUACGUCGUAUUACCAUGCAUCAUAAUAACGGUGCUUUACUUAUUCCUUACAGCGGUAGUAGUUCCCGACUUUGUUGAACGUGUUGACUCCAGGAUGUUGGAAUUGUCGAGAAUGAAGUCGACGUGUUGGACAAUGUAUCUGGAACUCUCAUGUUCGUUCCGCAUGUUGAACAUGACAAAGGCAUUGGAUGAGAUAUGUGAAGAGUACUCGCGAUGCAGUGUCGGAAUAGGUCUAUUUGUAAAUAGAAUUGGUAUUGUCGGAACCAUGAUAAGACAGUUUUUUGAGGGGUUAGAGUUGUCUUUUGACGAUAUGUCUUAUUCGACUAUCGGUAAAAUCUUGAUCAUAUUGGGUUCGUUAAUCAUUAUCAGAACGAUAGCACGUGUAUUGAGCACACUUGCUUUCCGACACAAUGGAGAACAAGGGUCAAAGAAUUUAAUCAGAAAUUGA